AACGACGGGGGGAAUCAUAAAGCUGAACGAACGACAGGCCGUAUUCUGUAGUUAAGGCGAGUGCAGCUGUGAGGAGAGGUUCACGCGGAACGUCUCGUCGACGGAGAUCAUCGAGAUACGUAUCUGCGUCUCAUUUGCGCUACUGCCACGCGUUCUCUCUGGAACCGUCUCCUCUUUCCUUCAGGAAAGUCGACGUAUCCGCAACAUUCCCUUCGGAAGUGUGAAAAGGAGAUUGGCUGCACGAAGAAGAAAUAGCGAAAAGUUGGUGAAACAUGGCGCAAAACAAAAUAUUUACGCGAAGCGAGAUUGAAAAAAGCAACAAGGAUUUAAAUAAGAACAUAUUUAUCUUGCAUGACAAAGUAUAUGACGUCCAUCGCUUUCUCAAUGAGCAUCCAGGUGGCGAAGAGAUCCUGAUAGAUCACAAAGGCAAGGACGCCUCCGAGGACUUCGAUGAUGUCGGACACUCGAAAGACGCGAUGGAGCUGAUGAAGAAAUAUCAGGUCGGCGAACUCAUCGAAUCAGAAAGGUCGAACAAAUCGCCAAAAAAGGGGUGGGUGGCAGGAUACAGCAAGGUAACGGAAAAGAACGUUAAAGGACCUGGUGUGCCUUUCUAUCUACUGUUGGGCGGAAUCGCGAUCAUAGUGGGUCUCUUCUUUUAUGCGUAUUAAUCCGCUGGAAUUAAUCUGCGAGAAUACUAUAGAUGUGUGACAAUGUGAUAGUGUGAUGUCAAAAAUAUCAGAGCAGAAGAAUAUUUUUGUAUUAGUUUCUAAUGCUGAAAUCCAAAACUUAUCUUAAUAAUUAUUUUCUUCGGGAGAGAAGUCUUACUUUGUAUUCGCAGAAUGCCAUUAUCUGUAUAUUAAUAUUUUUAAUAUCUAAGCACAUUGUUGAUGUUACUGCAGUACUUUUUACGAGGAAAAUAUAACUGUAAAAUUAAGGAUUAACCGCUUAGAUAAUAAAAACGUCAAUUUUGAAAUCGAUCAGGGAUUUUAAAUGAAAUUAGAAUGUUUUCCAAUAACUUUGAUCGUUACAUAAAUCAAGCAAAAGUUUAAUUUAAUAUCUUAUCUCAAAUAAUAUUAUUGUCUCUGUGUAUGUUACAAAUUGCUUUAAUCCAAAGUAGCCUACGUACCAAUAUAGACAUAUACAAAUAUCUGAUAAAUUAAAAAAUAUUGACGUACAUUCAAGAAAUUUUUAAAAAUUCCUAAUAAAAUAUAUUAAUAAAUAUUA